ACGUACACAAGUAUGGAUGCCCCCAGCAAGUAAAAAUAGAUGAGCCCUUUGUACCUGAGUUUGACCUGUAUGAUAAAGACCAGUAUGUGCGUGCAGUGACAGCCAACAUGAUCAUGUGGGAGGAGAAUGGUAGAAGCUCAUACAAGUACUCACUCACCAUGAGAGAAGCAGGAUGCUUAAAACCUGCUCAAUCAUGGAUAAAGAUGUCUAACAACUUCCUUCUUAGCUUAAACGAGUCCUGGACAAGGGAGAACUACCAGUCAUGUUUUGAGGCCGGUGAUGCAACUAUUAGAGGUGAUCUUGAUGCACAAUACCAAAUUGUUAACAGCACUGGAGGCUCAAGACUCAAGUGGACUUCAGCAGGAUUGUAUGUGUUCAACGUGCGGGUGGUAGACCCCGAAUUCAGCUAUUGUGAUCUGGUCACUCAGUUUGCUGUUCUUGUGCAAGAACCACCCCCAGGAGGAUUUGUAAUCCCCACCUUCUUAGUGUUAGGGUGUUCAUGUGUCAGCAUCUUCAUCAUAUUAAUAGCCAUGUACCUCACUGUUGAGUACUGCAUUGAAUGCACUUAGAGGAUUAUUAAAGAGGCACAAGACAUGUACCUAACUGUUGAGUACUGCAUUGAAUGCACUUAGAGGAUUAUUAAAGAGGCACAAGCCAUAUACCUCA